CUAAUUGGAUCACGUCCGUCCUACAGGUGAAGUCUUUAAAGGGGCCGCGGCACCCUCCUGCCCGGCUCUAGAUCCUAAACGAAGCAGCUGAUAAGCAAGACGAGCAGCAGCUGCUCUAGCUUCUUUCACUGCCCCUUGAAAGAGAAAGUCUCCUUGGAGAUGCGGCAAGUAGAUGGUGGUCAGAAUUCUCGCAGCGUUCGUCCAGCGGCGGAAGGGGGAUGUUAAGAGGCGUCUACUUCACUUGGAAAUAUGUCCCAAUCUUACGACAUGGCAAAGGCCCCUUGGGCUGAAGAAUGAGCUGUUCCUGCAUUUGGUUCAGUAAGAUCUGCUUCCUGCUCUCUGUUAUCUUUUGCGCAAUCCUCCUCUUAUUAAUCCCCAAAUUCCAGGCUAAUUGGAGACCUAGAAGUUAUCCACAGCCGCAUCCACCUUCAGUUUUCAGUGCUUCGAACAAGAGUGAGGUCCAGUCACAGCAGGCAGAGUCAAAUUCAGUUGAUAAUUUGAAUGAUGAAACUAACAACAUUGUACCCUUUGUGAAAGAGGAACUAAUACAAGAAUGGACCCCUCAUGUCAUAGACACUGGGCGAUCCAGCCUGAAAGCUAACAGCAAGAUGAAUGAGAGCCCAAGUAAUCCAUGGUACAAUAGGGUGAAUCAUGUGGGACCUGACAACAUCUCUGCUAAGGAAAAGUUGGAAUUGAAGGAUAUCUUUAUUGCUGUGAAAACAACACGGAAAUACCAUAAAACAAGGUUGAACUUGCUCUUCCAAACAUGGAUUUCCCAGGCUCAGGGGCAGACCUUUAUAUUUACAGACUGGGAGGAUCCAGAACUGCGUCACAGAGCAGGGGAUCACAUGAUCAACACCAACUGCUCAGCUGUUCAUACCCGCCAAGCACUCUGCUGCAAGAUGUCUGUGGAAUAUGAUAAAUUUCUUGAAUCUGGGCAAAAGUGGUUUUGUCACAUGGAUGAUGACAACUAUGUGAAUCUGCGAAAUCUCCUGCAUCUCCUGUCUGCCUUUUCACACAGCCAAGAUGUCUAUGUUGGGAGACCAAGUCUAGAUCAUCCCAUUGAAGCAGCAGAUCAUGUCAGGAAUGAUGGAUCAACCACUGUGAAGUUCUGGUUUGCCACAGGCGGAGCAGGGUUCUGUAUCAGCAGAGGUCUUGCCCUCAAAAUGAGUCCCUGGGCUAGCUUGGGGAGCUUCAUCAGCACUGCUGAGAGGAUUCGCCUCCCUGAUGACUGCACAAUUGGCUACAUCAUUGAAGGGUUGUUGGAAGUGAAGUUGCACCACAGCCCCUUGUUCCACUCACACCUGGAAAACCUGCAGCGGCUACGUGGUGAAGCGGUGUUCAAACAGGUUACCUUAAGCUAUGGGGGUCCUGAGAACAAACAUAAUGUUGUGAGUGUGGAGGAAAUGUUCAAUGUACAGCAAGACCCAACUCGAUUCAGAUCUGUCCACUGUCUACUCUAUCCCGACACUGCAUGGUGCCCCACUGUAACAGUGAAGUGACAUCUGACCUAACCGUCACAUUUGUCUCCUGUUGGCUCUUUCUUUGAAUGAGCAACUACGGCUGGCUUUGUAGGAGAAGAACAAAACAUAAGGUCCAAGCAAAUUCCCGGGUUGUUGGAAGUGCUCUGGUUAUGCAGGGUGUAAUAACCCAAACUUGACAGGCUUUCCCCCCAAUUUCAUGGAUGUCCAGUUAUCUAAAGCUGAAUCCCUACUUUGCUGCAUUUGUACAACCUCAGGAAUGCAACAGUCUGGUACCGUAGCAAUAUGGUUGAGGGCUGAUAGUCAUAGAUAUGCUUGGUGUGCAAAGUAUAAAACUUCAUUUUGAGACUACAGGUAUGAAAACAGAGUUCCUGUCUGGGGCAACAGCAUAAUCAUGAAAGUUUCACCUGUGUUUUUUUCUAUUUUAUCCACAUCUAAAUCACAGUAAAAUCACACUGGAAGUAGUAGAUAUGGCUUCCCACUAAGCAAAUAAAACAGAUUAGCAAAUGCAGAAGUCAUUCUCCCAGAAACAUCUUGCUCUUGUUGCUGGCUUAUGUUCAAAUUAAUAAUGCAGUUCUGCUUUCCAAGAAGUAAGUUUCAUUGACUCUGAGGAGACCUGCUUAAGGAUGCCACUGUAAAUGUCACUCUUGGCUUAUUGUAUGUUUCACAGGCUAUGCCGUAUACAAGUCUUCUGCUGUGACCUUCACUCAAAGCAUUUUUGCCUUGAACAUUCUAACCACUAUUUCAAGACAGUCAAAAUCCAUAUUAUGUUGGCUGGACCACCAUACAAUCUUUGCUUUUUUAUUGCAGCUGGACUCCAUAGUUUGAUGCAUGUCUCACCAUAAAAGACAUUUCUGAGCUCCUGACCUAAGAGUGAUCAUAUAGAAGGAGUGUUACUACUACUUGCCAGUACUGUGGCAGCACUCAACCAAAAGGGGAUGUACUCUGGAACAAGGGGAGGGAACACAGUACAUAGUCCUGCGAUGAAAUAGUCACUUAACAGGCCUUUCAUAGAACCUUCCCUGGCUUUCUAAGCAUAAACACUGAAGUCAAGAGGAGCAUAGUCUGAAUCUAUAAAUAAUGUCUUAAGACACCAUAAAAUCUAAUCCACCAAAAUUGGGAUGCUUAUGCAGAAGUGAGUGCAUCAGUCUCCUAACAUAUUCCAAGCCUUUAAAAUGGUUCUCUGCAGGUAAUCAUACACAUAUGUAUAUAUAUGAUGUGUUUGUAUGAGAUGUGCCAGCUGUCUUAAGGUAAAUGUGCUGGAAAUCUGUUUUCAGAAAGUACUCAGUAUUGAAAAGCUGGUAGAGGUGGAGGCCGUGUAAACUUCUGGAAGAGUAUUUUCUUUGACCAUUCUCCUUUCUGAAAAAGCAGCACGCACACACUUCUGGACAAAGGAGAAGGAAUGAAACUGUUCUUAGAAUAAUUGCUUUAAAUGUUUGUCGGGGGAGUGUUUGCCAUUUUUGUGCCUUAUGUACAUAAUCUCUGAGGAGCAUGACUGCCAGAUGUGCCCACAUGUUGCAGGCCCCAAGGGAACAGUUGUGAUUAUGCUUGCUAGCCUGCUGAUGUUUGACAGUACAGCUCCUUUUGGUCCCUGUGGUGGCAUCAGCAUGUAGUACAAUCUGCAUGUCAGAUGCUCCUGCCAGAGCUGACGCAUCUCUUAUGUUGCCACAACUGGCACUUAGAGGCAAAACUUGGAACAGAAUAUUUGCUUUGGGCCUUUUAUAAUACAUGUGGCUGUGACAGUGGAAUGUGGAUGUUGAUAUCAAAUUUAAACCCCCACAACUGCAGAAAAAUGUACGUUAGUGUGCCUCUGUUCAAAACAUUUAAGGGUGGCAGGAUGCAUCUUGGGGGUGUGGGAGGACUUCUGCUGUGCGGUGUUCUCUGCCUUGUCCUGUGUUUUCUGCCCUUUCCAUUAUUCUAUUGUAUAUGUCUUUCUUUUUCGCCACCACUGCUCCAUUUGAAGCGCCAAAAAUUGAGGUUUAGUAAAUUCUCAAAUUUGGCAUAUUUUUAUGACUAAUUCUGAAUGCAGAAUCUGGUUUCUUUGGCACAUAAUUUUGCAUUCUAAGCUGUAGCGUGUAGCUGCUUUUUGUUAGUGCAGAGCACUGACCUAAAGCAAGUGAUUUGGACUGUUGAGUUGCGUUUGUAUAUGAUGAGAUUGUUGCAGCCUCAGCACCCUAACAAUUACCCAUCCUCCUUUCAGCAAAUAAAUAUUUUUAGAAGUACAUAAUUUUCUUAUUAUCAUCUUUGAGAAAGCCAGCUGUAUAUACCCAGCAUUGCGGUAGCAUUUUAUGAGCCUAGCAAUUUCAGGGUAUAAUUUCUUAAAUAUAAGCUUUUUCUGAACAUAAUGGCCUUUGAAGGCCUAGCAGAAUACAACAAAGAACGAAGCCCGUUGCAGAUUUUGAUGUUUGGUAUCAGUACAAGACAGAGAAUGAUUUUAAGGCACAGGAAAAAUAAACUGAUAAGUACUACAGUCAGUAAUGGGUGAUUGCCAGUUUUUGCUAUGUGAUAAGGGCACUGAGACUAUUAUGUUGUUCAUAUGCCCCAAUUUGUCAACACAGCCACCUUCAGUCUGUUCCUGCAUUGUCUGUUUUUAUGUUAACUAAAUUGCCACUUAUCUGUUUAUACUUACUGCCUACUCACCUGCAUCUACUGUUUGCGCUGAAUGGACUCAGUGCCCUGUUUAGACUGCUAUGAAACGUGAGUCCCAAUGUAUGUUGGGCCUUGCUAAUAACCUUCCCAAAUUCCUUAUUAAAAAUUAUUCACUAGAAUACACCCUAAAUGUUGA